UCCCUGGAAGAGGCUGAGGCGGCCGGCAGGAUCGGGAUUUCUCCGGGCAGGCGCGCCACUUGGCUCAACGGGGCCCGCUCAGUCCCGGUCAGAGGAGCCGCUGGAGGCUGAGGGGAUGCGGCCCAGUGGCGGGACCAGGGCUCGAGGCCUCCCUCCCAAGCACCGGGAGACCGGAAGGGGCGGCUCCCAAAAAGCUCCGGAGCUGACGUGCCGCGGCCGUCCGGCGAGGUGACUCCGGUCGCCGCUCUCGUUCCGCCGGGCACCGCUGCUCUUUCGCCGGCAUGAGCGGCCCGCCGCCUCCGCCUGCCCCGUCCCCGAACCCGAAGGCCUCGAAGAGCCAGACCGUCCGCGUGGGCACCCGCAAGAGCCAGCUGGCUCGUAUCCAAACUGACAGUGUGGUGGAGAUGCUCCAGGUGCACCACCCUCAUCUCCGCUUCGAGAUAAUUGCCAUGUCAACCACCGGAGAUAGGAUUCUGGACACAGCCUUAUCCAAGAUUGGAGAGAAAAGCCUUUUUACCAAAGAGCUGGAAAAUGCACUGGAAAGAGACGAGGUGGACUUGGUGGUUCACUCCCUGAAAGACCUGCCCACUUCCCUGCCACCAGGCUUCACAAUUGGUGCCAUCUGCAAGAGAGAAAAUCCACACGAUGCUGUUGUCUUUCACCCCAAACAUGCUGGCAAAACCCUCAGCAGCCUCCCUGAGAAGAGUGUAAUUGGGACCAGCUCACUUCGCCGUGCAGCUCAGCUGAAAAGAAAAUUCCCUCGCCUGCAGUUCAAGGAUAUUCCUUCCCAGAGGGGCAACCUGAACACCCGCCUGAAGAAGCUGGAUGAGAAGGAAGAUUUCAGCGCUCUGGUUCUAGCAGCAGCUGGACUCAGGCGCAUGGGCUGGGGGAGCCGCAUUGGCCAGAUUCUGAGCCCCGUGGACUGCUUGUAUGCGGUUGGGCAGGGCGCCUUGGCCGUUGAGGUGCGGGCCAAAGACCAGGAGAUCAUAGAGAUGGUCUCAGUUCUGCACGACGAGGAGACUGUUCUGCGCUGCAUCACUGAGCGAUCCUUCAUGAAGCACUUGGAAGGAGGCUGCAGUGUGCCAGUGGCCGUGAGCAGCCUGCUGAAGGAUGGCCAGCUGUACUUGACUGGAGCAGUCUACAGCCUUGAUGGUUCUGACAGCUUGCAAGAGACCAUGCAAAGAAAUGUGAACUUCUCCCUGGAGAAUGAAGAUGGCCCAGAUGACAAUCCCCAACACGUUGGCGUCACAGCAAGGAACAUACCCCGUCUGGCUCAGGAGGCAGCUGAGAGGCUGGGGCAGGAGGUGGCCGAUCUGCUGCUGAGCAAAGGGGCCAAACAGAUCCUCAGCGUGGCAAGGCAGCUCAGCAGUGCAUGAUAGGCACCAUCUCCUGGAAGAGCUAUGAUGCCGGCCAGUUGUCCAUCCCUCCUGAAUGAGAGGGGAGCAAGGGAUGGCCUGCCACUGCACUGCCGGGGGAGCAGCUGAACUCCAGUUGGUGUGAAGGUGCCUGCAGGUUCUGAGCAAGAAUCGCUGCCAAGGAAUCACUGGUCGGCCUAGACAGAGCUGUAAGGUUGAACUCAGCUGGGGACCCGGGAACAAUUAUUGCUAAAACCGAUUAAAGAGCCAGAAGGUGAAA